AUGACUAAAACAGGGUUUGGAAGUUUUCAGCCUGUACUUAGAGACCACCGCAAAUAUAAAAGACACACCAAGGGAACUUACAUUGGACUUGUGGCGUAUGUCAUUCAAGAUUCUCCCGACAAGAUGCUCACCUUUAAACAGAUUAUGAAAUCGCUAGGUGUGUUUGUGAGCGGGGACAGGAAAGGUCUCGAAAACAACAUCAGAGUCUGUCUCUCAUCCAACAAGUGUUUUGUAAAAGUUCCCAUUGACCCCGAGUACCCAAAUGCCAAGAGGAACUUUUGGAGAGUGGAUGAAGAAAGCAUCACACCGAAAAUGCUGCGACGUCACUUUAGUGAUGUUCCCGGUCUGCCACCUACUUUUUUAGACAGAAAAAGAUCAGCACAAUCGGCCUCCUCGUUACCAGUCUCUUCUGAGAAGAUAGAGGAGCGUCCGAUCAAAUUUACAGGCCCUUUUUCUAUCGAAUCCUUGUUAAAGAAGGAUCACGACACGGACUCACUCACGUGUUUAGGCCGAGAGAACAGACAUUACAGCUUGUAUUCCGUGUGCAAGUCAGUAGAGGAGGCCAGCUGGAGAAAACCUGUACAGAGGAUGGAUUUCUCCAGUGAGGUGCAUCAUGCAAUGCGGUAUUCAACCCAAUUUCCCUACGAUCAAACUGUACUUACUAAAGUGUCCAGCUUUCCACUAAACACACACCAGCUCACCUACAGACAAUGGUGA